CCACUUAUUUAAUUGUUAUUUACGCGUAUAACAUGAAUCGCACGGAACUGGAUUAUUAUGCCAUACUGAACGUUCCACGUGAUGCACCCAAAGAGAUUAUAACAUUGGCAUAUCGUAAAUUAGCCAUUCAGUUGUGUCCACAUCGUGAUCCGAAAUAUGAACGCGAUUUUGUGCCCAAUCUUGGGCCAACACACAUGCAAACGCUGUCGUUGAAUCGCCAAUGGGAAUACGUAAAUAUGGCGUACGAUGUUUUGGGCAAUGAUUUGUAUCGCGCCAUCUACGACCGAUUUGGAGAGGCAGGACUCUUUCAAGGUAUCCAACUGCCCAACGGCUACUUCCCACCCUAUCAAUAUCAUGGCGAUCAUAUGAAGGUCUAUCACGACGUGUUUGGCAGCUACUCACCGUAUGCAAAUAUCAUCGAUAUCGUAACAAAUCCACCAGUCCUCUAUUCAUCAUUGGAACAUGGCAUUGGUGUGCGCAAGAAGGAUCCGCCAGUAGAGAAAAUAAUUUAUUUGGAAUUAGAAGAAGUAUUUACGGGCUGCACAAAAUUGAUGCACGUCUGGCGCCAGGAAUUUAUCGAUUCCAAAGAAACGGGCACAGAGAAAAAAAAGAAAACUCUCACACUCAAAAUACCGUUCGGUACCACCGAAGGUACACGAUUUUGUUUUAGAGAGGAAGGUGAUCGCAGUCCAACGCAGAUUCCGGCCGAUAUAAUUUUCAUUACUGCCGAUAAGCCGCAUCCAUUAUUCGUGCGCAGUCAGCAACAUAACUUGGUCUACACGCAUAAUAUAUCCUUAAAGGAGGCGCUCUGUGGAUUUAAUUUUAAAUUAAAUACUUUAGAUAAACGCGUUUUGAAAAUUACUGUUUCCGAUGUGGUUCAUCCGGGUUAUAUAAAAGUGAUGCCAAGAGAGGGACUGCCAAAGUGUGAAAAUCAACCAAUCGCUCCCGAUAUGAAGCCCGCAGGUGUGAAGAGAAAAAAUUUCGGAGAUUUGAUAAUCAAAUUUCAGGUUGAGUAUCCAAAGUUUAUGAAUAACAAAAUGCGCCAAUUGACCAAGAACUUCUUCAAAGAACUGCAUGAAAUGCAAGAAGAAGCUGAAAACGCACCACACCCGCUGCAAAAACUUUUGAAAAAGAAGUAGACGAAGUAAAACUAAAUCAGUUGAAAGAUCAUAAAGCAUUGUUUUUAAAUUAGCAUUUUUUUAUUUUAUUUAAAUUCAACGUAUAAACGUAAAGGACUGUUACGUUUGAAUGGAUUUGCAAUACAUGUAUGUACUAUUUCCAUCAAUGUUCGUAUGUAUGUACAUAAACGACAUAUGUAUGUACGCAAAUAUGUACAUAUGUAUGCGUGUGUGUAUAUGCACAUCAUACAUUUUCUAUAUCCAUAUUUGUCUGAUUACAUAUUUUUAUAUAAUUAUUUUUAUUUAUUUUUGUGAAGUAUUUAAAUUCAAAAUGUAUGUAUGUAUAUAAUUUGACUGCACUGUUUAGGCAAAAAAUUUGAAAUUUUUUCUUUACAUGAAUGUAUGUGCACAUCCAUGUAGUAUAUACAUGUGUAUGUAUAUGAUUAAGCGAUCGAACUUUUUAUAAAAAAAUCUUAAUUAACGAUUUGUUAAAAAUAUAGGUAUAUGUAUAUUAAAAAUUUCCCAAUUUGUGUUUAUGUAUGCAUGUGUGUUUGUAUUGCGCUGUUGUGUGAAACCUUAGUUGUGUACUUUGCAUUAUACAACACUAAUAAUGUGAUGUGAUCUAUAAGAAAAAAAAAACAAUAAAAAGCCCGUGCAAAAAAGUGAUUUAUCUCAGCCAAAGAAAGGAGAAACAUAAAUUUUUUACAUAUGUUAUUGAAUUCUACAUUUCCGAGUGAACAAAAAAAAUUUAAGGCACUUAAAAUUUUCUGUAACAUUAAAAAAUAAACUCUUAUGCUGAAUUGGCACUAGGUAUUAAAUGGCAACAAUUGUAAUGGCAAAGUUGGGAAUUCAAAAAAAUUCGAGCCAUUACGUUAAAGAAAUAAUCAUUAAUUCAUUUCCACCUGGCAUUUUUAAAAAGUCUCCAAUUUUUUGUCAUUUCAAUGCCUAGUGGAAAUUCGGCAUUAGAAAAUAACAAGCAGCGGAAGUGCAGUUUUUUAAGAUAUCAUAAAGUUAAGCAACGUAUGUAGGUGCGUGAAUUUAUUUUCGAAUAAAAAAAAUAUUAAUUAGAUU